CUCAGUCCGAUCUGAAGAGAAAUCCGAAGUACAUCAUGAGUUUUUUGGGACUCUUGGCUUUUCUGGUUGCUGGUCUUUGCUCCACCGCCCAGGCUUCGUUGGUGAAAUGCUCUUGUGAUCCUGGUCCACAGGGGGAACGAGGACCUCCAGGUCCGCCUGGACCUCCUGGCAAUCAGAACGGUCUCUCUGGCAGUGGUUCUGGCUACUGGGGCUAUCCACCCACAGGUCCUUACCCCCCAAAUCUGCCUUUCAUCCAGGGGCCUAGAGGCUUACCAGGACCGCCUGGUCCUCCUGGAUAUUGUUUCCCAUGCCCAGCUCCUCCACCUUUGAGAUCCUUUCCGCCACCGGGAGUUCCAGUCCCUCCUUUCAUUUCCACCCCAGGUGGUGGCGGAUUUGGUGGAGCCUCUGCAUUGACCACCGCUGUGGGCAACAUUAUAGUGAUUCCAGGAGGACCAGGAACGGGAUUAGCUGGUCGCGCUCAGUUCUUCCACAUUUCACCCGAUGGCCAGGUGGUGCAGAUCGAUCGACCGCAGAAUCUGCCCAGUGAACUGUUCGAUACACCGGUGAACCAAGGUUCCGGUGCUCCCAUUCCUCCACCGCAACCCACAUCGUCAUCUCUCUCGGGGAUCACACCACCAGCAGUCCAAGUGCCACCAACUCAACCCACGCCCGGCGAUCUGGGAGCCCAGCAGCCCACAAUUUUGCCCGAGAAUAUGGAGGAAACUGUGUUUGCGGUUGGCAAUCGCAAGGACUUCCUGCGAGGUAGCUCCGAUGCCAGCGAUUGGAGAAGGAUUCUCCUCCUGGGAGAGCGACCCACCGAUGGUCUACUCAAGGGCCAGUCCGUCCAGCAGCUCAGUCCCAACCAGCUCGAGAGCAGCGUGGAGAACUUCCAGAGGGCUUUGGUCGAACUGAAGGAGAAGUAUGCCACGCUCAUCCAACCGCGUAACUCAAACCAAUAUGCAGUCAUCAUUUGAAGGGAAAACUUAAGAUUAAAUUUAGUUUAAUAAUUUAAUAAAAACUGUACUGAUAAUGUCUAAAAAGAAUAUAAAUGACCAUUUGAUAUGGAAGUAGAGGU